GCGAAAUGACUGUGUGCGGGGCUGAAGAAAGCGGGUGCGUAUCCGCUAUUUCCAAGCAUCUACUGUCCUGACGGAUCGAAAGAGCUCGGCGUGUUUGCUUUGGCAUGUUUGGGUCAGCGGACGGAGCUGAAACAUGGCGCCGUCGGGCUCGCGCAGCGCCAAGCGGAAGUGUCAGCGAGUAGUGCACUGGAUCCCCGUGCUGUUCGUGUGCGCGCUCGUGGCGUGGUCCUACUACGCGUAUGUGCUCCAGCUCUGCGUAGAAACAAUUGAAAACCUGGGAGAGAAAAUAGUCUACCUCAUGGCAUACCAUGUCUCCUUUAUCAUGUUUGUAUGGUCAUAUUGGCAAACCAUCUUCACCAAACCAAUGAACCCACUCAAAGAGUUCCACCUGUCACACACUGACAAAGAACUGCUGAAGCAGGAGGAUCGUGUUGAAUCUCAACAGGAGAUUCUAAGAAGAAUAGCCAAGGAUUUACCCAUAUCCACUCGCACCACGUCUGGAGCUAUUCGCUACUGUGAUCGGUGCCAUCUGGUGAAACCUGACCGAUGCCAUCACUGCUCAGUCUGUGAUAACUGCAUCUUGAAGAUGGAUCACCACUGUCCGUGGGUGAACAACUGUGUGGGCUUUUCCAACUACAAGUUUUUUACUCUUUUUCUCUCAUACUCUUUGCUGUACUGCCUCUUUAUCACUGCGACAGACCUGCAGUACUUUAUUCAGUUUUGGACUAAUGGCCUGCCAGACACUCAAGCCAAGUUCCAUAUUAUGUUCCUGUUCUUUGCUGCCUCCAUGUUCUCAGUCAGUCUGGCUUCACUGUUCGCCUAUCACUGCUGGCUAAUUUGCAAAAAUAGAUCUACCCUGGAGGUCUUCCGUGCACCUGCCUUCCUUCAUGGAGCUGACAAAAAUGGCUUCAGUCUUGGAGUAAGCAAGAACUUCUGCCAAGUCUUCGGCGAUGAAAAGAAGUAUUGGCUUCUGCCUGUUUUUUCCAGCCAAGGUGAUGGAUGCUCUUUCCCCACAUGUCUCGUGAACCCUGACCCAGAACAACCUGCCUCACCAUCUGGACAUGCUGUCAAAAGUGAUGGAGAAUCCCAUCAAUUUCCUGCUAAACCUCUGAGAGAAUCUCAAAGUCGACUGCUGAGCAAUGGGCAGACUUGGACUGAGGGUGAUGAGACUGAGCAACAAGCCAGAGAAGGAGCAAGCAAUCCAGCUAUGAUUAUAGAGAAAGAAACCUAGUCUGGUCACAGUGAUGACUUCUUUAAGGAAACAAGAUCCCUAUGUGGUCCUGUGUGUUUUCCAUAGAACUAACGAAGAAACUUCCUUGUACAACAGGGAGCCUUCUGCUGCAGGAAACAACCACUAUCCAGUGGGUUUCCAUGUAAUUUCUUAAGCAAGGUGCUUCUUAUUCAAAGCUUACUGUGCAGUGUUACCUGAUUGUCUGUAUUCAUUAGGACAGAUCCAGUCCUUUGUACAAUGUAUGGAGACUUUAUUUGCAUUCUGUGCCUAAAUACAGUACACAGAAAAAGGUGCACUCCUGAGUAACAUCAAAUAAUCAAGUGAUGAUUUACAGCUAAUGCCUUGUUUAUACCUUGUGACCGUGUUUGAGGCUAACUUUAAAAUGAAUUUGGGAUGGAAUUUUGUGUUUUUGUGCAUGCUGUGUGGUGCAUAUGUACGUCACUGAAAGUUACAAAGAACUUUUUUAAAAAUCUAGACACUUGUAACUAACAUGUAAACUUUUGUCACGAAUUGCUGACGAUAUGUAGCAAAGUAUUAUCAAAUAGUUAUUUUUUUUAUGCUUCAAUUGUUUGCAUGUUUCAGCAGACAUUUGUACUGUAUUUUUAAUGAUGUACACAUUAUGAUGUUAAACUGUUCCAUUGGCCCUGUAUAUCACUCAGUGUUCUAAAGCCAGUGAAUAGAGAAAAUACAUUGGAGGUCCGAAAUAUAACCUGAAAUGCAUUAGCUUCACACAUAUUGCAACACGAACACAAUCCAUUUGUGUGCAGGAUGAAUUUGUGAACAGAUCGUAAAUCCAAGUUACUUAGGAAAAUCAUGUACACAUGAAACCAAUGAAAUGCUUUAAGCACAGGGAAAAUGUUAGCUCUCUCGCCCCUUAGAUUAGUCAGUAUGUGAAUACCUUGAAACUUGUUUGCACUUUUUUGACAGUGUAAUCAACAGUGCAAUGCAUUAAGAAUAGAUUUAAAAUAUA